ACCCGCGGAAGCCCACAAACAGCCAAAAAAAUGGCAAAAACUCACUCUUGAAAAAAUCAUUGGCCACCUCCUUGAAUUUCUCAGCCUCGGCGACAUUCUCAGAGUUCUCGACUCCAAUAAUCUCUUGAUUAUCACUCAUUUCAGCAAAACAAUAAAAAAUAAAAAUUAAAAAAAACUUCUUAACCUAACGAUUCCAGCGACUUCCUCGUCGAUAUCACUGAAAAUCCUCGAAUUAAAUAAUUACGUGUUCACCACGGAGUUACGUAUUUAGUGUGGUUAAUUUGCCGUUCACUUCAAUUAAUGUUAAAUUAAUUUCUCGGCGUUUUUAGGGGAACUUUUGUGUCUUAUGUCUGGUGGAUAUUCUCCUGGAGCCCAUGGACAGGCAGAACACAACAAUCACCUGAAGUUGUCGAUUCCACUUGAAUUCUUGAGUAAUCGAUUUUUUAUUUUGAGGUUAUGGUUGACCAGCGAUUCUGGCUGUGAGGACUAAGCCCAAGCCUUCCAGAAGCCCCUCGACACCUCCAACAAACAUCUUCCUUCGUCAACCCCUCGGUUUUUCUCAUUUUAAUGAAAUUUUAAACUCAUUUGAAGCCCGGGGGGUGAAAAAACAGUGAAAAUCUCACAAAAAUCUCGCAGUUUCAUUCGGUAAUCUCUCAGUAACAUUCAGAAACUCCUCUCCACCCAUUGUUUACCUCACAAUGACACUGUCCCAGCUGUCACCAGUCUGAAAACCCUCUUAGACCCCUGGAAAUCGUGGGAAAAUAAUUAGAAACUGUGCAAAACCCCUGGAAAUUGUGGAAAAACCUUUGGGAAAUGGCGAUAGUUCACUCCCUGAGCAUGGGUGACAUCGUCCACCUCAACGUGGGAGGCACCAGGUUCUCCACCUCCCGCCAAACACUCACCUGGAUCCCAGACUCGUUCUUCACUGCCUUGUUGAGCAAUAGAAUAGCCAGCAGGAGGGACGAGACUGGAGCCCUCUUCGUGGACAGGGACCCCAAGAUGUUCUCGAUAAUCCUCAACUACCUCAGAACGAGGGACAUAGACCUCCGGAACACUGACAUCAGGGGAUUGAGGCACGAGGCGGAGUACUACGGGAUAACUCCAUUGAUCAAGAGACUGAUCCUCUGCGAGGACUUGACCCAGUCGUCCUGUGGAGAUGUUCUGUUUUAUGGGUAUCUGCCACCUCCGAGCAUUCCCCUUCAGGAGCCUGUGGGGGUUCCUCCUGUGGCUGAUGUCUCGGUGCAUGGGAGGGUGUCCUCUGGGGGACGUCCAGAGGUCGCAGGCACGUCCAAUGGCCCUGGUGGGGGACAAGCAGCUGCUCCUGCAGGUGCUAGUGGACAGAAUCAAAAGCCCCCCCUGAGCAACCACUCCAGGAACUCCUCGUUGGAUUAUCGAGUACCUCAGAGGAGUCUCCAGCACUCGAGGAAUCCCUCACUGGACCUCAGACACGUUCGCAACAGCUCGGCAGACAUGAACAAAUUGUUCAAGAACGAAGUUGGCCUUGUGUUUGGACCCCAUCAGGCUUCGGGCUGGGUCGAUCCUCUCAGGGUGCAGAUCAUCAAGGCUCAUCACAACUGGAUCGUCAUUGCUUACGCUCAUUUCAUCACGUGUUAUAGAUUGAAAGACUCUUCAGGAUGGCAGCACGCGUUCACGAGUCCUCACAUAGAGGCAAUCAUCGAGAGAGUGGCGAUCAAUGCUAAAAUGGGAACUGGAGCUGAUGGCAAGAUGGUAGCUAUUGCUUACGGAUCACAAGUGAGACUGUGGAGUGUCUCUGAGGAGGGCAUCAAGACGAACAUUGGAACAUUCAAUCUGAACGUCAGAGUUGAGUACCUCUUCUUCAUUGGGAGCCAGCUCGUGGCUCUCUCUCAAACUGGGAAGAUUGGAGUCUGGCACGCUAUGUCUCAGCACUGGCAGAUCCAGGACGUCGUCUCGAUCUCCUCGUUCGACACUGCUGGAUCGUUUUUACUGCUUGGGUGCAAUAAUGGGUCGAUUUAUUACAUUGACAUGCAGAAAUUCCCCCUGAGAAUGAAGGACAAUGAUCUCCUGGUGACUGAACUCUACAGAGAUCCAAAUCUCGACCCAAUAACAGCUAUAUCCGUCUACCUCACCCCGAAAACAACACAAGGUCUCUGUGGUAAUUGGAUUGAGAUUGCCUAUGGCACCAAGUCGGGGAGUGUGAGGGUUAUCGUGCAGCAUCCGGAGACGGUGGGACAUGGCCCGCAAUUAUUUCAGACGUUCACUGUUCACCAGAGUAGUGUGACGAAGGUGACCCUGUCCGAGAAAUACCUCGUCUCAGUCUGCUCUGAGUACAACCACGUGCGGUCCUGGGCAGUGACUAGAUUCCGCGGAAUGAUAUCGACCCAGCCAGGCUCGACCCCCGAGGCCUCCUUCAAGAUAGUCUCCCUGGACUCGAUGGAGACCUCCAUCAGCUACCCAGCUGGCAACGACUUCGGCCCCUUCGGCGAGCAGGACGACGAGCAGGUUUUCGUCCAGAAGGUCGUCCCCGAGACGGAUCAAUUGUUCGUUCGACUCGCCUCCAACGGGAAGAGAGUCUGCGUUAUACAGUCGGUGGACGGCUCAGUCAUCACUUCCUUCUGCGUCCACGAGUGCGAGGGCUCCAGCAGGAUGGGCUCCAGGCCCAGGAGGUUCAUAUUCACAGGGCACUCCAACGGGGCCAUCCAGAUGUGGGACCUCACCACUGCUCUCGACCCCUGUUAUGAUGCCCAGAAGACCAGGAAUUUCCCUGGGGGACCGACUCCUGAGGAACUGUGGAAACUUCUGGACCAGUGCGACUUGAGCAACAGCCAUUGCUCGACUCCCUGCAUCAGCCCCUGCGCCUCGGUGGUCUCCUCCGGGCCCAGGUUGAAAGCCAGUAAUGUGCAGUUCUUGAAUCAGUCGCAGUUCAACUCGGAGGGGGCUGGCUCCAGCCAGUCGUGAAGGAUAGGGGAUUAAUUCCUAAAUUAAUUGAAUCAGAGGCGAGGGUGGGGUGGACAAUUUUUAAUCGUCAAUCACUUGGCAUCGGCCGAGUGAAUUUUGAAGAUUUUUUUUCAUUUUGGAGAAAUUUUUCCUGGUUUGAAAAGUGAGACGUGAUUUGUUUGAAUUGUAG